AUGACUGAAGCCCUGCUGUCAAGUGCCCCACUGAUUGUGGUACCGCCAAAGACGCAGGUACCCCCAGCUUCAGAACCAAUGGACACUUCUCCGUCUGGACCUGUGGCUGUACAGCCAGAACUGGUCCAACAGGAGGAGCCACCGAAGGCCACUUUGUCGGCACAAGAAUUGACAGGCCAAAGCCAGUCCGGAACAGGGCCAACGGCCGCUGCUCCGACAACAUUGACGAACAUGCCCGCCAGUGUCGACGACAUACCUUUUGGCCGCCCAGUAACCUUCCCUGUAACCGGGACAUUGGACGCCUUGGCACUUGGCAUGGGUGUAAUCCACUCAGCUAACUCCCAACGGAGUAAGCAGCCAAGGAAAGCCAAGAACCCAGAGAGGGCCAAACCGGCCUCUCGUCCAACUUCUCAAUCGAGGGCCAAACCGGUCACUCGUCCAAACUCCCCUCAACCGAGUGGAAGUCAGCCGGCCACAUCCCGGCCAACCCAGAACCCUGAGGCCGAGAGGAACCGCCAAAAGAAGCAAACGGCCAAGGACAAGAAAAGUCAAGAGGCCAAGAUCGCCCAGCUCGAGAAGCGGCUGUCAGGCGAUGAAGAUGUUUAA